UCGCCCUUGUAUCCGUCCACGGUCCACCUAAUAUAAAACGACGUCGUUCGUUGGUGGGGUCUCUGGAAUGUGGUUUCCCUCCCUUCUCAGUUUUCUGUUUCAACUGUAUCAAGUUUGUUCAUAGGACGACAUGAACCAAAUCAAAUGAAAUCUCAGCACAACACAACUCUGUGGAUAUCGAAUGAUCGUCAAGUUCACAUGGGGUAUCUUGAACCGCUUUUCCCACAUCUCUCGCCCACUGAUUCGUCAUUUCUCCGACCAAGCUACACUCACGACAGAUCCCAUGUUUCCACAACAAUCCUACAUGGAACUGUCCCAGAAAUUUUACGAAUCCAUGAAAGAAUGUGCAUCGCUCCGGUCGAUUCCCAUUGCCCGGAAACUUCAUGCCCAGCUCAUAUUUAUGGGGCUGAAGUCUUCAAUUUUCUUGCAAAAUCAUCUAUUGAAUAUGUACUCCAAUUGUGGAUUGAUUAGUGACGCUUAUCGGGUUUUUGGUGGCAUCGAGUUUCCUAAUGUUUAUAGUUGGAAUACGAUGAUCAGUGGGUUUGCUGAUUCGGGUCAGAUGAGGGAAGCGGAGAAGUUGUUUGAGAAAAUGCCCGAGAGAGACUCCGUUUCUUGGAACUCAAUGAUGUCGGGUUAUUUUCAUAAUGGGGAACUGGAGGCUACUAUAAAGGUUUUUGUUUCGAUGGUUCGGGAUUGUUGUUGCGUUCCUGACCCGUUUUCUUUCUCCUGUGUGAUGAAGGCUUCUGGAAGCCUUGGAUACUUGAAAUUAGCUUUGCAAUUGCAUGGUUUUGCAGAGAAAUUUGAUUUUGGAAUAGACAAUUGUGUUGAAACUUCAGUUCUUGAUAUGUACAUCAAGUGUGGUGGAAUGGAUUUCGCUCAGAAAGCGUUUUGUAGGACCCCGAAUCCAAGUUUGUUUUGUUGGAAUAGUAUGAUUUAUGGUUAUUCAAAAUAUGGCAGCGUUAAAAAGGCUCUUGAGUUGUUUGCUAAAAUGCCUGAGCGCGACACUGUUUCUUGGAAUACGAUGAUUUCAAUCUUGUCGCAACAUGGGUUUGGCGCUGAAACUCUUAAUACGUUCCUUGAGAUGUGGAACCAAGGUUUUAGACCUAAUUCCAUGACAUAUGCUAGUGUUCUUAGUGCGUGCACCAGCAUUUAUGAUCUGGAAUGGGGUGCACAUCUGCAUGCACGGAUUGUUCGCAUGGAACCACGUCUUGAUGUGUAUGCAGGUUGCGGUUUGAUUGAUAUGUAUGCAAAAUGUGGAUGCUUGGAAUCUGCAAGGCAGGUAUUUGAUGGCUUAACUGAGCAUAAUGCAGUCUCUUGGACCUCUUUAAUUGGGGGAGUUGCACAGGCUGGGUUUCAAGAAGAAGCUUUGGUAUUAUUUAAUCAAAUGAGAGAGGUGCCUGUGGCUUCGGAUCAGUUCACUCUUGCAACUGUUCUUGGAGUUUGUUUGAGUCAAAAGGAUAUUUCUAUUGGGGAACAGCUCCAUGCACAUACGAUCACUCAUGGACUGGAUUCUUCUGUUCCUGUGGCAAAUGCUCUUGUUACAAUGUAUGCGAAGUGUGGAGAUGUUUGGAAAGCAAAUCAUGCAUUUGAGUUGAUGCCAAUAAGAGAUAUAAUUUCAUGGACUGCAAUGAUUACUGCAUUUUCUCAGGCUGGUGAUGCUGAAAAAGCCCGAGAAUAUUUUGAUAAAAUGCCAGAGCGGAAUGUAAUAUCCUGGAACUCAAUGUUAGCCACAUAUAUGCAACGCGGGUACUGGGAAGAGGGUCUCAAAGUAUACAUCCAGAUGCUAAGGGAAGGGGUUAAGACAGAUUGGAUCACUUUUUCAACUUCGAUCAGUGCCUGUGCUGAUUUGGCAGUACUCAUACUUGGGAAUCAAAUUUUAGCUCAAGCUGAAAAACUAGGGUUCAGUUCUAAUGUUUCAGUUGCAAAUAGUGUUGUUACCAUGUAUUCAAGAUGUGGGCGGAUUGAAGAAGCACAGAAAAUGUUUAGUUCAAUUGUUAUGAAGAAUUUGGUUUCUUGGAAUGCAAUGAUGGCAGGAUAUGCUCAAAAUGGUCAAGGUCGGAAAGUUAUCGAGAUCUUUGAGAAAAUGUUAAAUAUGGGAAAUGUGCCUGAUCAGAUAAGUUAUGUAUCUGUUCUUUCAGGUUGUAGCCAUUCGGGACUUGUUUCAGAAGGGCAAUAUUACUUCCUGUCUAUGACUAAAGAUCAUGGCAUCUCUCCAAUGAGCGAGCAUUUUGUAUGCAUGGUAGAUCUACUUGGCCGGGCUGGCCAGUUAGAGCAGGCUAAAAAUUUGAUCAAUCAAAUGCCCUUUAAACCGAAUGCUGCCAUUUGGGGAGCCCUGCUUGCUGCUUGCCGGAUCCAUGGCAAUACAAAAUUAGCAGAACUUGCAGUGAAGAAUUUGCUUGAGUUGGAUGCAGAAGGACCUGGAAGUUAUUGUCUUCUAGCCAAUAUAUAUUCGGAGUCUGGAAAGAUACAAGGUGUUACAAAUGUGAGAAAACUGAUGAGAGACAAAGGAGUCCGGAAGAAUCCUGGUUGUAGCUGGAUUGAGGUUGAUAAUAGGGUACAUGUCUUUACUGUAGAUGACACAAAUCAUCCACAAAUCAAGGAUGUCCAUAGAAUGUUAGAGGAGAUUAUAAAGAAGAUAGAAGAAAUUAAAAACUAUGCCAAUGUGAUGAAUUCUGGCAGAUCUCAUAAUUACCAUAGUGAGAAGCUUGCUGUGCCACUUCGAUUGAUUAGGUUGCCUGCUUGAUUGACCAUCCAUGCUAUGAGGAAUCCUGAUUGUUCAUGAGGUCACAAAGCUGAUUUUCAUUGCUAACUGAAGGGAACUUGUACUGUGGGAUGCAAACCAUUUCAAUCAUUUAAAGGAUGGAACCUGCUCUUAUGGAGCUUACCGGUGAUCUAAGGUAUGCUGAAACUCCAUCUAUUAUUCUCAUAGUCAAUCUGGAUUUAAGUUUCCCAUCUAUCCAUGCGUGAUAACUUAUUUUUAUCCACCAUCCAAUUUAGUAAUGAAAAGGAAAAAAAAAAAACCUUGUACAUUUUAUUUGAAGAUAAACAAAUAAAAGUAAUUACAGCUACCGAGAGUCUCAAAUGCUGAAACGUUUUUAAUGCUAAGGGACAAGGGAUGCUACUGAUUCAAUCUAAUAUUGUAGAACAACUGUGGAUUGAUGCAA